CUAACCCUAACCGGAGAUAUGGAUUCGAUUGUAUUCACCGCACUUGAUGAGAUCUGUUGUCAAGGAAACACAGGGAUCCCUCUCGUCUCUCUAUGGUCACGUCUCUCUUCUCUCUCUUCUUCCGUCAAAGCACAUGUCUGGAGAAACCUUCUCACGAUCCCUCAGCUCCAAUUCAAGGCGAAGAAAACUCUGUACGGAUCAUCAGAUACUAAAAUUCAGCAGCUUGAAGAUGCUCUGAGACUCGAUUUGAGAAUCAUCGCUAAUGAGAAGCUCCGAGCUAACUUCGUUGGCUUGUACGAAGCCAAUAACACGACUAUUCCCGCGAUUCAGCGUCGCGUUCUCGAACGCUUGGCUGUUGCUCGUGAUAAUGGAGAUACACAGAGUCUGCUUGCUAAAGAGUUUGGUAUUGAAGGUAGAAACUUCUUCUAUAGUGUGAAGCAGCUUGAAUCUAAAGGUUUGAUUGUUAGGCAACCAGCAAUUGUGAGAACUAAAGAAGUUGAUUCCAAAGCGACUUCGUGUAUUACUACCAACAUGAUAUACUUGACUCGUUAUGCCAAGCCUUUGGGUUCACAGCAGAGGGUUGAGAUUUGCAAAGAGGACUCUGUGUUGGAGCAUAAGGCUACUACUGCUGUUGGAGAUAGUCUAGUUUCUGAGAGUGUAAAAGAUGACACGCUCGUUAAAGAUUUUUUGCCAGCAAUGCAGGCAGUUUGUGAUAAGCUCGAAGAAGCUAACAAGAAAGUUUUAGUCAUCUCGGAUAUUAAGCAAGACCUUGGUUAUAUGAGAUCACAUACAAAGCAUAGAGCUUGGAGAAGUGUUUGUCGCCGGUUGAUAGACGCUCAAUUAGUAGAGGAGUUUGAUGCUAUGGUGAACAAUAAGCUUGAAAGAUGCCUCCGUUUGUUAAAAAGAUUCUCAGAAAAAGAGUUUAACUACUCUGGGAAAAAGCAACUUCUUAAAUUCGGGAGAAGUAUCCAAAAAACAGAACAGAUUUUGGAGCUUCCAAUAGAUAAUCAAAUUUAUGAUAUGGUUGAUGCUGAAGGGUCUAAAGGCUUGGUUGUUAUGGAGGUAUGCGAAAAACUCGGAAUUGAUAGGAAGAAGAUUUAUCCUCGGCUUUGUAGUUUUUGUUCAAGAGUCGGGAUGCAUUUACGGGAAGAAUGCCACAAGAAGACUAGAGUAUUUCGAGUCUGGACUUCUCGUCAUGUUGCAUCCAAGUCUUCUAAACCGUUUCCUGAUAAAGCUGAAAACAUUAGCAGGGUACAUAAUGAUUGUAGCACACCUCAUGAUACUAGUGGAUUGGCUAAGGCCUCUACCGAUCGUAUUGCAGUUUCAGAUGCUGACUUAUCUACACCUGCAAGUUUAAUUGAUUCUGAAAAGAAUUCAGGACUUCUUGGUUGUUCCCCAUCUAAUGCCAAAAGAAGAAAAAUUCUUACACGUCGUAACUUACAAGAAUCAUUCCAUGAGAUUGGUGAUAAGGUUAUUGAUGCUGCGAAAGAGUCCACUGAUUUGGCUUUUUCAGAUAUGAACCAUCCAGUUCAACCGAAGUCGGCUAAAUCAAAAGUGCAGCAACCUCAUGCUACUAUUGAAAACUCUCUGAGAGAGCAGAGGAUACUUGAGCGCUUAAAUGAGGAGAAGUUUGUUUUGAGAGCGGAGCUCUAUAAAUGGCUUCUAAGUCUUGAGAAGGACAGGAUCCCCAAGGUGGAUAAGAAAACCAUUGACAGAAUUCUAAACAGGCUUCAAGAAAAAGGACUCUGCAAAUGCAUUGGCAUUCGUGUUCCAAAUGUAACUGAUUGUGGUCGUAAUCGUUGUUCUGUGAUAGUCUUGCAUCCAUCUGUGCAAGGAUUGACUCAAGAAGUAGGUGGUGAAAUUCAUGAUAAGAUUAGGUCUUUCGAAUUAGGAUUCCGUAGCCAGAGACUAUCGAAGAGGAAAAGCAACAAGCCAAUUCCUGUAUUGAAUGACGUUCAGAGAGGUCAAACUAACGUGGAUUUGGAUGCAAGAGCUAGCAAAACAGGAGCUACGCGAGCCAAAGCGGUUGUGCUUGCAAAGAUGGUUCGUGUCAAGCUUCUACACUGCUUCCUAUGGGACUAUUUUAGUUCUUUGCCUGGCUUGGACAGUGCCUUUUCUUCUAUACAUGAUCAGAAAUUUGAGAAUUUGUUUGCACUUGAAGAUGCUUUUAGAGCCAUGCCACUUGAACUAUUUUUACAAGUUGUUGGAUCUACUCAGAAAGCUGAUGAUAUGAUGAAGAAAUGCAAACAGUUUAUGUGUCUCUCCGAGCUUCCUAGCGAAGAGUAUAAGCUUCUAAUGGAUACUCAUGCGACAGGGAGAUUAUCGAUGCUUAUUAAUAUUUUACGCCGGUUGAAGUUGAUUCAGAUGGUAAGUAGUAGACUCAGACGUGAUGAAAUUGAAGAGAAGUAUUCUAAUUUGACACAUGCAAUGGAGCUUAAGCCUUACAUAGAGGAACCUGUGUUUGUUGCUGCUACACCCAACGUCAUGUCUCUUGAUUUUCGUCCACGUAUUCGACAUGACUUUAUUCUAUCAAAUAGAGAUACUGUUGAUGAAUACUGGCGAACUCUAGAAUAUUGUUAUGCUGCUGCUGAUCACAGAGCUGCUAAGCAAGCAUUUCCGGGAUCUGUUGUUCAAGAGGUUUUUCUUAGCCGCUCUUGGGCCUCAGAUCAUGUCAUGACCGAAGAGCAACGUGCGAAGCUCUUACGGUGUAUUGCAAUCGAUGAGAAGGAAAAAAUCUCUUUUGAAGAGUGUGAGAAGAUUUCUAAGGAUCUGAACCUGACCAUAGAGCAGGUUAUGCAUGCUUAUCAUGCGAAGCAUGGAAGACGAUUGAUAUCAACAUCAAAAGAUAAAAAAAUUGUUGUAGAAAAUAGUCCAUCUUCCAGAAAAAGAAAAAGAGCAUCCCUCUUAAAGACUACAGGAGAUGGUGUCGGAUCCAUAAUAGUAGAUGGACAGACGGUUAUAAAUUCUGAAGCCAUUGAUUCCACACGUAGUGAGAGUUUUCAAGAAUCAAUACAAGAGGACCAAACCUCCAUUCCAAUGCAUCAGGAGCACAAUCAACAAGAAAAUGCAGACAUAAGGGACCUUACUGAAGACAAAGGUCAGUGUUCUUCCAUCAUCAACCGGAAUGCAAGCUCAAAGAUCACAUCAAUUCCUUCACAAAGAUUUAUGUGGACAGAUGAGGCGGACAGGAAAUUGUUAAGUCAAUAUGUUAGACACCGUGCAGCUCUUGGGGCAAAAUUUCAUGGAGUCAAUUGGGCUUCAGUUCCAGAUCUGCCGGCACCUCCUUUAGCUUGCAAGCGACGGAUUCAAACGAUAAUGAAGAAUGAUAAAGUCCGGAAGGCGGUCAUGGGGAUUUGCAAUCUGCUUACUGAGCGUUAUGCAAAACAUCUAGAGACGAAACAGAAGUGUUUGCCCGGGAGAAACAGUUCACAUGUUCGCGUUAGAUAUCUAUAUCAGGAAAAUGAGGAAAUGGAAUCUGGUUCUGUUGAGCACCGUAAAGAUACUUGUUUUGUUGAAGAAAAAUGGGAUGACUUCAAUGAAAAGAGUAUAAGUCAAGCCUUUAAUGAUCUUCUUGAGCUCAAGAAGAUGGCUAAACUGGUGGCCCCUAAACGGUCGAGAACUAGGUCUCGAGAAUGGUCAAACAGAGAUAUAGUUGAUGAGGGGAGUGAAAUGGUUCCACCUGAAAUUCACUCAGAGAACAGUCCAACUGCUUCUGUUGAUCAAGUUAAAGAUACCUCUCAACGAUCUGGAUAUUAUCGUCUUCAUAAAAUUUUUAGUCCUUUAGAUGAAAAGUACGACGGUAGUAUACAAGUGCAGAAAUCUCUGGCAGUUUCUAAUGCCAUAGAACUGUUAAAGCUUGUCUAUCUGAGCAUGCCUACUGCACCCGGUAUGCCAAAUUUGUUGGAAGAUACCUUACGACAGUAUUCAGAGCAAGACCUAUUUACCGCCUAUAGCUACCUCAGAGACAAAAAGUUCCUGGUUGGUGGAAGUGGUGGACAGCCAUUUGUGCUUUCUCAGAACUUCCUGCAUAGUAUUUCGAAGUCACCAUUCCCGGUUAAUACUGGGAAAAGAGCAGCCAAGUUCUCUAGUUGGCUUCUCGAACAUGAAAGAGACCUUAUGGCUGGAGGAGUCGCUCUUAGUUCAGAUUUGGAAUGUGGUGAUGCUUUAAGUUUCUUUUCAUUGAUUGCUUCUGGUGAACUCUCUAUAUCUGUAUCCUUGCCCCAAGAAGGUGUUGGAGAGCCUGGAGAUCGAAGAGGUUUAAAACGUAGAGCUGAUGACGUAGAAGAAUCUGAACCUGAUAAUGCUAAGAAAUUUAAGCUAUUAGGCGAAGGUGAAAUCAACUUCCGAAAGGAAAAAGGUUUCCCGGGUAUAGCAGUUUCUGUUCGUCGUGUAAAUCUACCAAUAGCUAACGCAAUAGAGUUGUUUAAGGAUGAUGACUCUCGCUCUGGUGAACUUCAUUUUAAGUCGGGGGAAACAAGUGGUGACUGUGAUUCUGAUGAUAUGAAAGAACUUUUCAACUCUAUGGAUGCCACCGUGAUACCAGGCAGUUUAGUUGAUUCUCCCUGGCAAGUGAUGGCCAAUGUUGCUAGUUGUAUCAUGCCUGGAUCUGCAGACGACCAACUGAGUUUAUUCAUUCCCAAGGUUUUUGAAGCCGUUUCCAAUGCCCUUCAGAAGGCUGGUGACCAAGGUUUGAGCACUGAAGAAGUCCAUCGUCUUACUAAUAUUCCAAGGAAAGAAACUUGUGACUGCAUUGUAGAAGUACUUCAAACAUUUGGGGUAGCUUUGAAGGUAAAUGGCUAUAAUGAUUUCCGUCUUGUCCAUUCGCUCUACCGAUCAAAAUACUUCUUGACAUUAGAGGAAGGUGGAACAACUCAAAAUGGUCAACAGACUGUACCAGUGAACUACCCAGACAGAGCUUUAAAGGAACAAAGGUCAAACAAUGUUGUCGCCAGCAGCUACAGUACUUCACAAGACAAUCAAGAGCAGCAUGUCGCUGGGAACAGUGUUCACAAGGUUACAAUAUUUAACCUUCCUGAAAUGACUCAAACAAGCAGUUUGCACGAAGUAUCUAUCAGAGCUCCAUCUUUUACUCUUGGAACUUGUACCAAAGGCGUAACAAAAGAAUCAACUUCUGUGAAGUCGUCACAACCUAAGCCUAUACUUCCAUGGAUAAACGCAGAUGGAUCGAUAAAUAAAGUUGUCUUGGAUGGACUAGUUCGCCGCGUACUUGGUACCGUGAUGCAAAAUCCUGGUAUACCUGAGGACGAAAUUAUAAACCAUAUGGAAGUACUAAAUCCUCAGAGUUGUAGAAAGCUUUUGGAGUUGAUGACACUCGACGGGUAUAUGAAAGUAAGGGAAUUGGUGCAAACCAAAUCCACCGGUCCUCCGUCUCUGUUAACCGGACUUCUCUUUACCGGUCAUAAAAAACCGGAACUUAUCAGCCGCAAACACUUCUUUGCCAACUCCAAAGGACUGUUUGCUUUGUAAUAUUGUAAUUUGUAAAGCUGAUUUAUCAAAAGAAUAAUAUUGUAAAUUAAGUUCA